CUGAGAAGGUGCACUGAGGAGGACAGUUGCUAAAUACUAACAACUUGAUAAAUCCAGUAAGAUGGUGAAGAAGACCGUAGUGGUGGGGCUGGCGGUGCUGCUGGUGGCGGCGGUCAGCAUAUUCGUGGGAGUUUUCUUCGGGGUGGGCACGAGGAAGGAUCCCGUGGUGACCAAUGGCCCAUUCAAAGCUGCCGUGGCCGCGGACGCUGGGCCCUGCUCUGAGAUAGGAAGGGACAUCCUGCAGAAGGGUGGGUCGGCGGUGGACGGCGCCAUCGCCGCUCUGCUGUGCGUGGGCAUGAUGAACCCCCACAGCAUGGGCAUCGGAGGCGGCCUCUUCAUCACCAUCUACAACGCCAACACAGGAACAGUGGAGACCAUCAACGCACGAGAAACGGCUCCAAUCAACGCAACCACGGGCAUGUUUGGAGGCGACAAGGACCUCGCCCGAAACGGUGGGCUGGCCAUCGCGGUGCCAGGCGAGAUCCGUGGCUACGAGCUGGCACACCAGCGGCACGGCAAGCUGCCCUGGCCAGAGCUGUUCCUGCCCAGCAUACGGCUGGCACGCGAGGGCUUCCCUGUGGGCAAUGCCCUGGCCAAGGCCAUCUACAGCCAGCGGAACACCAUUGCCAACGACCCGGCCUUACGUGAAGUGUUCUGUGAUGCAGACGGAAACAUCCUCAAGGAGAAUGCAACCAUUCGCUUCCCAAGAUUGGCCGAGACCUAUGAAACUAUAGCCAAUGAGGGUCCGGAUGCGUUCUACAAGGGGCCAAUAGCAGAGAACAUGGUGAAUGACAUCAGAGCAGCCGGAGGCAUAAUAAGUCUUGAGGACCUUGAGCAGUACCAGGCUCGUUUGGAAAAGCCGCUGUGUGUCCCGGUGCUGCAGUACAACAUGUGUGUCCCCGAGCCCCCCUCCAGCGGCGCAGUGCUGGCCCUCAUCAUCAACAUCCUGAAAGGUUACAACUUUGGGCCGGACAGUGUGUCCACGCGGGAGAAGAAGGUGCUGACCUACCAUCGCAUCGUGGAGGCCUUCCGCUUCGGAUACGCCAAGAGGAGCAUACUGGGAGACCCAGAGUUCCUCAACAUCACUGAUUUCGUCCAGAACAUCACCUCAGACAGCUUGGCCAGCCUCUUCCGCAGCAAGAUCAUGGAUGACACCACGCAGCCGGAGGACUACUACGAGCCCGAGUACUACGUCGCCGACGACCACGGCACCUCCCAUGUGUCCUUCAUAGCUGAGGAUGGCAGCGCAGUCGCAGUCACAAGCACCAUCAACACCUAUUUUGGAUCCAAAGUGAUGUCUGGCUCGACGGGGAUCCUGAUGAACAACGAAAUGGACGACUUCAGCUCUCCCAACAUCACAAACAGCUUUGGAGUGGAACCCUCCCCAAACAAUUUCAUCAUACCGGGUAAAAGGCCACUGUCUUCAAUGGUUCCAACAAUAUUUUUCGACCAGGAAAACAAGGUCAAGCUGGUGGUGGGAGGUUCUGGUGGGACAAAAAUCACCACAGCAAUCGCGUCUGUGAUCCUUCAUGCGCUGUUCUUCAAGUAUGAUCUGGAGACGUCAGUAGUGGAGCCUCGCAUUCACAACCAGCUCAGACCCAACAUCACAUAUGGAGAAACCGACUUUGAUACGGAUCUUCUGGCCGGUCUGAAGGAGAAGAACCACAACACUGGCCUGCUGACGUCGGUGGGAGCCGUGGUGCAGGCGGUGAUGAGGGUGGGCGACGGCGUGGCGGCCAAGUCAGACCCAAGAAAAGGAGGCUACGCAGCGGGAUACUGAGGAACAGGACAGUCAAACAU